AUGCGUGUGCGAGCGCCGACCGAAGGGAAUUGCGCUGUGAUCAAACCGAGUGAAUUAGCACCAAAAUGUGCACAAGCCAUGUUUGAUAUGUUACCGCGUUACUUAGACAUACAGUGUAUCAAGACGGUACUCGGCGGUGCUGAUCAGACACAAGCAUUAUUGAAAGGCGAUAUUGAUUAUAUUUUCUACACAGGUUCGACGGCAGUUGGUAAAAUAAUUAUGCAAGCUGCAGCAGAUAAAAUGAUACCAGUUACUUUGGAAUGUGGUGGUAAAAGCCCCGUUUAUGUAGCUGAUGAUGCUAAUAUCGAAAUAGCGGCAAAACGUAUAGCAUGGGGCAAAUGUGUUAAUAGCGGACAAACAUGUGUGGCUCCUGAUUAUUUAUUAUGUUCAAAAGCAACUGAACAACGUCUUAUACCAGAAGUUGUGAAAGCUUGGGAAGAAUUUUAUACCGAAAAUCCGUUAGAAUCACAUUCUUAUGCACACAUAGUUAAUGAUCGACAUUUUAAACGUGUUGAAAAGUUAAUUGAUCACUCGAAACUUGCUUAUGGUGGACAAUGUGAUGAAAAUCAUAAUUACAUUUCACCAACAAUAAUGACAAAUGUCACCAAGGACGAUAAAGUGAUGCAGGAAGAAAUUUUCGGGCCUAUUUUACCGUUUGUCAAUGUUAAUGAUGAAACUGAAGCAAUAUCUUUUAUCAACAAUAAUCCAAAACCAUUAGCACUCUACGUAUUUACAGGCAAUAAGAAUUUAGCAAAAAGAAUAAUUAGUGGAACAAGUUCGGGAUCUGUGUGUGUUAACGAUGUUAUAUUACAAGCUGCACCAUGCGCAUUACCUUUUGGCGGCGUUGGACCCUCGGGACUUGGUCAUUAUCAUGGAAAAUAUUCAUUCGAUACAUUUAGUCAUAAACGUGCAGUUGCUUUUUCAUCAAACUUCGGAGAUAGUUUGCUUGCAAUCAGAAAUCCACCGUAUGCACAAACCAAGACAAAGCGCCUGGAAUUUAUUAGUAAAUCAUAUAGAAAUUGGUUUUCAAUUCCACGUGUAUUUAAAACGUUUUGGUUUUGGGCAUUUUUUUGCUUAGCUAACGCUGUUUUGAUCAAAAUUAUUUGGAAAGGUAUUAAAUACGAUCGUUGGGAAUUUUAA